AUGCCGGGCGCGUUCGCGGAGGGUGGUUGGCUCUUCAGCUCCGUGGUGCUCAGCAUCAUCGCCGCCGUUAACGGCGCCUGCAUCUACAGGCUGGUGCAGUGCCAGCAGGUGAACCCGCGCGCCAGCUUCGCGUGCAUCGCCGACUCGGCCUGCGGCUGGGUCGGCAGACUGGCUGUGCAGGUGUCGCUGGUGAUCUCCCAGUUCGGGACCUGCGUUGCCUACAUCAUCUUCAUCAGCCAGCUGGCCCUGGCCCCGGGCCGCAGCUCUGGUGCGCCAGGGCUGUCGUGCGCGCCGGGUGUGCCAGGUGCGCAUGGGCGGGAGUACUGGUCUGCGGAAGUCUGGUUUGUCAGCGGGUCGGGCUUGCAGGUCAACUCGAUUGGCCACGUGGGCACGCCGUGGAUCAUGUGCGUGCUGUUCCCCAUCUUGGUGCCGCUCUGCCUCAUCCGCUCGGUUGAGCACUUGGAGUAUCCCAACCUCAUUGCUGACAUCCUCAUCUUGUUUGGCCUCGUGGUCGUCAUCGUGUACGGCUGCAUCACGAUGGCCUCGACAGACGCCAUCGACACCCUUCUCUGGAGCAUUCGUGGAGACUAUUCAAUGUGGCGCGAGCAGCUGGAUGACCCCCACUACAAGGCCGUCGUGCCGUUCAGGCCGGAGACGUGCGGCAUCUUCAUCGGCAUGACGAUCUUCACCUUCGAGGGCGUGCCGAUGGUGCUUCCGAUCCGCAACUCCAUGGCGAAGAAGGAGCGCUUCAUCCCGCUCUUCGCGGGCGUCUUCGCGUGCAUAUCGCUGAUGUUCUGCCUCUUCGGGCUCAUCGGCUACAUCUCCUACAAGAGGCGCGUCGAGACGGUGGUGCUGCUGAACCUGCCGGAGGACAGUGCCUGGACCAUGGCGGCCAAGUUCGGGUACAUGCUGGCCCUGUGCUUCAGCACGCCCCUGAUGUUCCUGCCCGCCGCCCGCAUCACCGAGCUGUGGGCCUUCGGGGCCAGCGAGGAGGACCCCGACAAGGACGGGGACCGCAUCUGGCGCAUCAACGCGAUGCGCACCUUCGAGAUCCUGACAUUCUGCCUGAUCGCGGUGCUGUGCGGCCCGUACUUCGAGCGCUUCCUCGCCUUCGUCGGCGCCCUCUGCUGUGCGCCGGUGGCGUUCGUGUACCCCGCGCUGUUCCACCUGAUCCUGUGCGCCGAUGGGGCGGGCGCCAUGGCCGCCUCGGCGGCGCAGGACGGGGGCGCGCUCUCCCUGCCCUCGGCACCCUCACUCGCAGAGCUUUCGGAGAAGGCGGGAGACUCCGAGAACGCCAGGAAGUAUCAGUACUUGGUCGAACAUUUGGAGUCGGCGGUGUCGCUACCAUGUAUCUCGCCUCAGACCAAGGCAAAGGAAACGAUGGUGAAGCGGCGGCUGGGGGUGAAGCAGCACCUCCUCUUGCAGACGGCGGGGCACCUGGCGGGCCUGAGAUGCCGCGUGGGGCAGGGGCGGGAGCUUCUGAAGCCGACGGCGGCGGCGUGGCUCCUGCCGCAGAGCCAGCGUCUGACACUCGCACCGGCCUUUCCACCCUCUGGCGAUGGGGAGACGCUCGUGCUGCCCGUGUUGUUGCAUCCACGGGUAAUACUGUCCAGCCUGCUGGAUGUCCUGACUGGCCGCGCGGGCCGUAUGGUCCAGCUCGUGGCGAGGAUGGCAAGAUACAGGCUGCAGCUUCUUCUUUUUGUUGCUCUGGCAGGUGGGGCCGAGCGCAGCGGCGGCGGCGCGCGGCCGGGGGGCGGCCCGGCAAGCCCCGGCCGCAGGGCCCGUCGCGUCGUGGGCAGCAUCUGCGAGACCUGGCCGCUGGCCCGCGCCCCGCCCCUCCAGCGCCGCGGCCGGUGCGGGCGCCGGCUGGGCGUUUCGGGCGGGCGGCUCUCCGACGGGGGGUGCCGGGCCCUCGCGUUCUGCGUGCUGCAGCUUCGCCCGCGCCUCGCGUAG